GCUCUUAUUGCUAUCUUCAUGUUGCGUACUACGCCCCUUGUUGAUAAAAAACGACUGUAAUCAGCUAUACAAUUAACACCUUUCUUUUAAUACGUAGGAAAAUAAGGAGACAGGACGCUUUAUUUAAAAGCUGUUGUAACUGGCUAAAACCAUGCAAAAGUAUGAGAAGUUGGAGAAGAUAGGAGAGGGUACAUAUGGGACCGUUUUCAAGGCUAAAAACAGAGAAACACAUGAGAUUGUGGCCCUCAAACGAGUGAGACUGGAUGAUGAUGAUGAGGGGGUUCCAAGUUCAGCAUUACGAGAAAUUUGCCUCCUGAAAGAGCUGAAGCAUAAAAACAUUGUAAGGUUGCAUGACGUCCUUCACAGUGAUAAGAAGCUGACAUUAGUGUUUGAGUAUUGUGAUCAGGAUUUGAAGAAAUACUUUGACAGCUGUAAUGGUGACUUGGAUCCAGAGAUUGUCAAGUCCUUUAUGUACCAGUUAUUGAAGGGUCUUGCCUUCUGCCACAGCCGAAAUGUUCUCCACCGAGACCUUAAACCACAAAAUCUGCUCAUCAACAGAAACGGUGAGCUGAAGUUAGCUGACUUUGGCUUGGCCAGAGCUUUUGGAAUACCUGUACGCUGUUAUUCUGCUGAGGUGGUGACGUUGUGGUACAGGCCUCCAGACGUGCUGUUUGGUGCUAAGCUAUACUCUACCUCUAUUGACAUGUGGUCUGCAGGGUGUAUAUUUGCAGAAUUGGCAAAUGCCGGACGGCCAUUAUUUCCUGGUAAUGAUGUGGACGACCAGCUGAAGAGGAUCUUUAGGUUGCUGGGAACACCGACAGAAGAACAGUGGCAGACUAUGAAUAAACUUCCAGAUUAUAAGCCGUACCCAAUGUAUCCAGCUACUACAUCACUUGUGAAUGUCGUCCCGAAACUUAGCAGCACUGGCAGAGACCUACUACAGAAUCUUCUGAAAUGCAAUCCAGUUCAGCGAAUUUCAGCAGAGGAAGCCCUACAGCACCCUUACUUUGCCGAUUUCUGCCCACCCUAAAUGUCAGAUCCCCUUGACAUCAUUUAGGAACACAGAUGGGCCAGUCUUACCUCGUGAAACCCCUUCAACACCUCCAGCGUUCAGUUAUAUUUCAGUUUGAGUUCGGAUCACACCUGCUAUAGCAGGAUAGAGGGACCCUGAAACACUCCUCCCUCUACAUGUUUAUGAUUUGGUAAUAAUGAUAUGAUUAUGAUCGUGACUCUGUCUAAUGCAGAGUGUGGUGCUGUUGUCCUGCAUAAACCAUGUAUUCGACUAGAGUCUCCAAAAAUAGUUUUAUUAUAUUAUGUGGUCUUAAAGGGAUAGUUCACCCAAAA